CGAUCGCAAUCCGACGUUCUCCAACACUGCUGCAUCGACGCGCUGUUCUCGCCCUCUGCUUUUGGACUGUAUUUCCUACCAACCGCGAAAAUGUAAAUUUCGCAAUUUGGUUUAAAUUGUCCAGCAAACCGAAAACCGAGCUCAAAUCAAGGCAAAAUUCUGGCCAAAAGCACUGCCUAAACCGAUGGGCAACCCAUAAAGCCGGAGAGGAUAUUCUUGUGUAACGAUUGUCCUACAAAACUGCGCAGUAAAAAUCAAUAACUGUAAGUGGCACGCAUCGCGAUACAUAAAUGUAAAACGUGCCCGAAAGGAUUAAAAGAUGUCCGACGAGGAGGAGGAUUCCGUGUCCGAGGGCUUCUCGGCCAGCGAGGACGAGUGGAAGCCCAGCAAGGACGCCAAGGGAGGUGAAUCCUCCGACGACGAUGACAGCGACUUCGAUGAGCUGCAGGCGGCGGGUGCAGGAGCGGCAGCAGGCGGUGCGGUCGGCUCCAGUGGUCGCUCAUCCGCCGGAGCGGGCAGAAAGGGUGAUCACAAGGCGCCCAGCGGUAUUAAGGGCUCCUCGGUAAAGAAGAGGAAGCCCAGCCAACAGUCUCUGCGCUCCAAGCUAUACAACAAGUACCGGCCGCCGCCCAAGACCUUUCCCACAUCGCCAUCCCAGCAACAAAACUCGCCCUCGGCAUCGGGUUCAAAAAACGCCCGAACGCCCAAUGAAAGCGGUGCUCGGGAUCAGCACAACGCGGCUGAUUCCAGCAGCGAAUCCAGUGUGGAGGACUACCUGGUGAAUCCAGCCGAUCUCGACCUGCAAUCCAGCUUCUUUGUCGGCCAGCCGACAUCAGCGCAGCAGCAGCAGGAGAAGGAGAAGUCGCCGGUGCCGCAAUUCGAUUGCAAUGCCGGCAUCACGAACCUCUCGGACUCUGGCUCCGGAUCGGAGGACAACAACGACAGCAGCAUCGAGGAUAAGACCGAUGGUAAUGCCUUCGACUUUCGCGGUCUCCUUGAGAACGCCAACAGUUUGGAGCGCACGCGGGAUGCACUUAGCCGGCGGAAUGUUACGGCCACACCGCCGAGUAGCCAGGCUGCCACAAUGGAUGUCAAUGCGCUGCUUGCAUUGGGCGAGAACCAGAACUACCAGAAUGUAGUCGAGGAGGAUGAGGAGCCGGAGGGAAAUCAGCGGCGAGGAGCAAAGAAGACGCCAGGAACGGGUGGUGCGAAAUCUGGAGGAGUAGCAGAGCAACCGCCACCGCCGCCUCCCAUGGAUGGGCCGUCGCGUCUAAGCAAGACCAAGUCGACGCGGAUCAAGCGUCACACAAAGACGCGACCUGUGUCCACAGUGGUGGCCGCUGCCGGGGAUACCGACGACUCCGAUUUUGAGGAAGUGGCAGAUGACGAAGAAGAGGAAGAUGUGGCCACUCCAAACGUCUCCGGGGACUUGGAGAUCCAUGUGGGCCUCCAAAACCUACUCCCCACCAAAGAGCAAAAGACCCAGCUGGAGCUGGAGAAUGCCCUGAAGCGUCGUCUCAAUCGCGACAUCAAGGAUCGCCAGCUGUUGCUGCACAAGGUCAGCCUAAUGUGCCAGACAGCUCGCAGCCUGAAGUACAAUCGGCUGUUGGGUGAAACGAAUGCCCUGAUGGAGGCUGCCUUAAAACUCCUGCCCAGCCGGAAUGCCUAUCCCACGGAACGAGGCACCGAGCUCAAGUAUUUGCAGUCCUUUGUCACCUGGUUCAAGACGGCCAUCAAGCUGUUGAGUCCCAAUCUAUAUUCCGAGCAAUCGGCGCCCAGCAAGAAGGCCAUUGUGGAGUCCUUGCUGGCCCAGAUCAAGCGCAAGGAAGCCCGCUGCAAGCAGGAUAUGAUAUUCAUAUUCAUUGUCCUUGCACGGGGAAUGGGAAUGAACUGUCGUCUGAUUGUGAAUCUCCAGCCCAUGCCGCUGCGACCGGCAGCUAGUGAUUUGAUUCCCAUCAAACUGAAGACGAAUGACAAGAAAAACAAGAGCCAGGAGCUGGACUUGGAUGAGGAGGAGAGUGAGAAUGAUGAUGAGCCCAAGAAGCACAAAAAGCCAGCGAAACCAACCAAGGCAAAGCCUAAGGAGAGCAGCAGCAAGGCAAGUACAUCAAAAGAAGCUGAAAAAAAGAGCCACAGCAAGAAGGAGACCAGCAGAACAGAGACCAAAUCCUCACCAGACACGAACACCCAUAAAAAAGAAUCACAUACAAAAUCAAAGAAAGAAGAUUCCAAAAUUCCAAACGAAACCAAACGUAGCUCACGGACAGUAGAAAGGGAAGAUGGGAAGGCCAGCCUCUCCUCCAAAUUGGUUGAAAAAUCUAAACUAAAUCGUUCCGAGAAAUCCAAAUCCUUUGAGGAGAAGCCAACCACCUCCAAGGCAGCUCUUAAGGUUUCUCCAAUAAACGAAACCAAAGCCAAACCUCAAUUGUCCCUGCUAAAAAGGGUCACAACCCAAAAGAUUUCAGAGGCAUCAGGAGAAAAGAAAUCCCGGAUAUCUGCCCCCGUGGACACUGGCUCCCCAGUAGCUGGACGUACCCGCCUUGCUCGAGUGAAGUCCAAAGACGAAGAGGUUGAGGAGUCAAAGAGCGCCACCUCGUCGAAGCUGGUUGGAUCUCCGGUUAUUCCAAAGCUGCUCGUAUCCAAGGUCAAGCUGCAGAGCUCGACGAAACACAGCGAGAAUGCAGAGAACGCCAAUCCGGAGGAGAAGCCCAAGGAGCGGACCACUCGAGCGCGCAGCAAAUCGCCCAAAGUUCACAUUUCGACAGGCUUUUUGCAGGGCAAAGCCGUGGAGGUUCCUGAACAUAAACCGAAACCGAAAUUGGAGUCACGCAAAAGUCCCGAAACCAAGGCUCAUAUCUCUCCCAGCUUCCUAACCGCCGAUGCAGCUACCGGCAGGCAAUUGCGUCAUCGAAGGCCGAAGGAUAACAAUGCUCUAAGCAUUCCCCAGCUGGAUGGCGCUGAUGAUGAAGCCAGGCCAUUGCCCAAGAAGCGUCUGAAGCUGGAUAAGCUGCAAAGGUCACAGACUUCGCAGGACGAUGAGGUAUUCGAGCCUGCGAAGCCCGUGAAGAAGGCACCGGUGCUGCCCAAGUCAGUGCAGAAUUUGAGGAAAGAUCGCCGAGUGUUAUCCACCGAUGAUGAGGGCGGCACGAAGGUUAAGCGUCGCUCAGAUGCCUCCGACAUGUGGGUUGAGGUGUGGUCCGAGGUCGAGGAGCAGUGGAUCUGCAUAGAUCUGUUCAAGGGCAAGCUGCACUGUGUGGACACCAUAAGGAAAAAUGCUUCGCCCGGCCUGGCCUACGUGUUCGCCUUCCAGGACGAUCAGAGUCUCAAGGAUGUCACAGCCCGUUACUGUUCCAGUUGGAGCACUACGGUGCGCAAGGGUCGUGUGGAGAAGGCAUGGCUCGAUGAGGUGAUCAACCCAUAUCUGGGACAUCCCACCAGGCGCGACAUUACCGAAAACGAGCAGCUGCACCGCAUCCAUGCCAACAAACCGCUGCCCAAGUCCAUAUCCGAGUUCAAGGAUCAUCCACUGUACGUCCUCGAAAGGCAUCUGCUCAAGUUCCAGGGUCUGUAUCCGCCAGAUGCGCCCACCCUGGGCUUCAUCCGCGGCGAAGCUGUCUACGCUCGGGACUGUGUCCAUCUGUUGCACUCGCGGGAUAUCUGGCUGAAGAGCGCCCGAGUGGUCAAGUUGGGCGAGCAGCCCUACAAGGUGGUCAAGGCGCGUCCCAAAUGGGAUAAGCUUACACGCUCUGUGAUCAAGGACCAGCCACUGGAGAUCUUUGGGUAUUGGCAAACCCAGGAAUAUGAGCCACCAACGGCGGAGAAUGGCAUUGUGCCACGCAAUGCUUAUGGCAAUGUGGAGCUUUUCAAGGCCUGCAUGCUGCCCAAGAAGACGGUCCACCUGAGAUUGCCCGGCCUGAUGCGCGUCUGCAAGAAGCUGAAUAUCGAUUGUGCCAAUGCAGUGAUUGGGUUCGAUUUCCAUCAGGGCGCCUGCCAUCCCAUGUACGAUGGCUUUAUUGUCUGCGAAGAGUUUAAGGAGGUGGUCACAGCCGCCUGGGAGGAGGAUCAGCAGGAGCAGGCGCGCAAGGAGCAGGAGAAGUACGAGACACGAGUGUAUGGCAACUGGAAGAAGCUGAUCAAGGGCCUGCUCAUCCGUGAGCGCCUCAAGAAGAAAUACAACUUCUGAAUCACUGCGUAUGCAUGUGUUUACUUUGAUUUUCUCUUUUUUGUUUGUAUAACUUUGUUUCGAUUGUGAAUUGAACUUGUAUUUUUUUUGUACCGAAUAAAUUGUAAGAUGAAUUGCCUUUGUAA